AUGCCGCGCGGGCCGGCGCAGCCCACUCAGAAAGACGCCCCCGGCGGCAACGACCUCGCCGCCGCCCUCGCGGGGACCGCGCAGGGCAUGCUGGGGCGCCUGACCGACGCGCUGCCCGCGGCGCGGCUGGCGCUGGCCGCGACCGACUUCAUUGACUACGACGGCGGCAGCGCGCAGCUGCUCAGCAGGUUCCUCGCGGGCGCCGGGGCGGGGGCGGGGACGGCCGGCGGCGGCGGUAGGGCCGGGGGCGGCAGGACUGGGGGCAGCGACCCUUCACAGCUGUUGCAGGGCUUUGGUAAUGUGGUUGCUGACGAGGCGCGUGGCAGCGCAGGCGCCUCGGCGCCGCACAAUGCCGGGCAGUCGGGCGCGCGGAGACGGGACGGCGGCCCGGCCGGGGCGUCGGUGAUGCAGCGGUUCCUAUCCAGAGCUCCUGGUGGUGGGGGCCGCUUUGCCGUGGCUGCGGGCAUCUGCAACUCUGGGGAACAGCAGGAGCAGCAACAGCAGCAACAGCAGCAACAGCAGCAACACGAGCAGCAGCAACAGCUGCAACAACAGCGACAGCCGCGGCAGCUGGACAAGGACAUGCAGCAGCAGCAUGGAAAGGACGAGGAGCACGUGCAGGGGCAGCAGCAGCAACAAGAGGAAGUAGAGCAGCAGCAGCAGCAGCAGCAGCAGCAGCAGCAGCAGCAGCAGCAGGAAGUAGUGGAGCAGCAGCAGCAGCAGCAGCAGCAGGAGCAGCAGCAGGAGGAGCAGGACAAGCAGCGGCGCUCGCAUCCGCCAGAUGACGGGCAGCUGGAGGUGGGGCCGUUUGUGAGCGUGAUUUGUGUGAAUGCGUGGGAGGAGGUGGGAGAGUGUCAGGAUGUGGCGCCGGAUGCAGCGUGGCAGGGCGAGCAACAGCAGCAGCAGCAGCAGCAGCAGCAAGAUCAGCAGCAGCAGGAUCCAGGGAGGGAGCACAGCACAGCGGAGCAUACUGCAUGA